AUGACUGACGCUUUUCUGUUCUUUGCAGUAUACGUGAAGGGGAAGCACUUGUCCUACCAGCGUGGCAAGCGCAACACCAACCCCAACAUCUCCCUCCUUAAGAUUGAAGGCGUCGAGGACACCAACGCCGCAAAGUUCUACCUUGGCAAGCGCGUCGCAUUCGUCUACCGAGCCUCGAAAGAGCGACAAGGCAGCAAGAUCCGAGUGAUUUGGGGCAAGGUCACUCGACCCCACGGCAACAGCGGUAUCGUCCGGGCCCGAUUCAACCACAACCUGCCACCCAAGAGCUUCGGCGCCAGCGUCAGAGUCAUGCUCUACCCCAGCUCGAUAUGA